AUGAUGACACUCCUCUCGGAUAUUGUCUCUGCAUCGGCGCAUUUACACCAUUCUAACCACCUACCCAGCGACGAGUAUGACCGUCGGAUCCGCGAGCUAGUUGAAUACCUCAGACGGUUACAAACGACCAAGGCACUCGACUCAUGUGUCAGUGAUGAGUCUGUUCUCAAUCCACUGCUAGGCGCUACGCUGAUUAAAGACGCUAUGCUCCACCUUGACCCAUCGUGUGCCGUUUUUACCUCGAGCCACCUUUUGCUUGUCCGGCUUUGUCUCCAGGCCAAAGCAUAUUCUUGUGCAUUGCCUGUCCUGAAUAAGCAGAUUUGUCAUUUCCCAAUUUCGCUAGGGCGUCCCUCUUCAGACCCCUCUGUACUCUGCGCAGAUCACGACUCGAGUGUAUCCUUUAUGACUGAAGCUUCCGGGGUUUCAACCAAGCUAUCAUAUCGAGACUACUUGGAGUACUUUCUUUAUGGUGGUAUGGUAUACAUGGCGUUGAAGGAGUGGCGCAAUGCACUUCAUUUCCUUGGAAUUGUCAUCUCUAUGCCUAGUACUAGCUCUGUGAGCUUGAUUAUGGUGGAAGCCUACAAGAAAUGGGUGUUGGUAGGUUUACUUGAAAAGGGCAAGCUCUGUCCGCCUCCAAGUAUCACAACACCUCACGUGGUGAAAGUGUAUCAAUCACUUGCGAGGCCCUAUAUCAUUCUUGCUCAUGCAUUUGAACGUGGUGAUUUGAAGAGACUUAAUGCUGAAAUUGAUGCUGCCAAUGGAGUCUGGUGUGCGGACAAUAAUCUCGGUCUGGUUUCCCAGGUAGUGGGUGCUUUCUUCAGUCAAACCGUUAUCAAGCUUGGAAAGACCUUUGCAGCUUUAACGAUGGCCGACCUUUCAAUGCAGGUGUUUCCCUCCCCUGUGUGUGCAGAAGUUACUGCAUCCGCUGUUUCGUCUCUCAUCAUUUCUCGUGCUUUGAACGCGACAUUGGUGCAAAGCAAAGAUCAUACUGAGUCUUCUAUGCUACGGUUCUCAUCUAUUCAUUCGUUGCCUCGACUCUCUCAUGAGCUGGACUUGCAGUCCCAGCUCAAGCAGGAGAUGAAGCUGAUGGAGACCCUGGUGAUUAAUCUUGGGGAAACAAAUAAUAACCUGGGAUUAAGCGAUGAGUACGUUGAGAGCCUACAUAAGGGUCAGGUUUGGUCAGGUUCAAGUGAAGUCAAUCCCAUUGUAGGUGGGGAGGCUGGACUUGAUAUGGAUGAAGACCUGAUGGGUGACAUGUCCUGA